AGGAGGAGGAGGAGGAGGGGCGCCCGAAAGUCGUAGUUCCGGCCGCUCGUACCGGAGCCACCAUGUACCGCAGCGGCUCCCGCUCCUCCGUGUCUUCGCACCGGUCUAAAGACGACGGCGGCCCGCGCAUGGCCCGCAGCUCGGGCUCCUCCUCGUCAGGCCCGCUCCGCCGCCCCUCGCCGCCGCCGCCUCCUUGCGCGUCGUCGUCGUCGUCGUCGUCGUCGUCGCGACCCCCGGCCCGUCGCUAUCGUUCCCCCUCGGGACACCGCGGCCGCAGAUCCUCGCCGCCGUCUCCGCCGCCUCGGGGUCGUCGCUGUUCCCCGUCUCCUCCCCGAGGUCGACCCCGGGCCUCCCGGUCGCCGUCAUGGAGCCGUCGCGGAUCGCCGUCGCCACCGCCGAGAAGCCGACGACUCUACCCUCCGGGCCCGUCCAGCUUCCGAAGCGGAGGUCGAGGGGACUCCCGCGGGGAACAUCCGGGAGACUGCGGCAGCCGGAGCUUACGGAUCACUGUUGGCAACGACCACUUCUGUGUUAGCACACCUGAACGUCGACGACUUAGUGACCAGCUGGGGUCACCAGUGGAUAAUCUGGAAGACAUGGACAGGGAUGACCUGACUGAUGAUUCUGUCUUCUCUCGAAGCUCUCAAUGCUCUCGGGGUCUUCAGCGGUACAUUUCUCGGGAGGAGCGGCCUCUUAGUCCCUUGGGACAACUUGAGGACUACCGAACAAGAGAAACUUUUCAGCAGCAAUCUGAGUAUAGUUCUCAUAUCAAUUGUCAUGAUGAGCUGUUGUGGGGAACAGAACGGAAUAGAGACAACUUCAAAGGAUCCUACUCUUUACGGACUGAGGAAAGGAGCAGGGAGGCCAAAAGGCCCCGUUACGAUGACACAGAGAAUAUCCACAGCAUGGGAGGGGAUCAUGCAGGUUUUAUGUCAGGAACUCACAACUAUCAACAUAGACAAAGCCCAAGUCCUAGGUUUCUGGAUCCUGAGUUUCGGGAACUGGAUCUUGCCAGGCGAAAGCGAGAAGAGGAGGAACGAAGUAGGAGCUUGAGUCAGGAGCUGGUGGGAGUUGAUAAUGGAGGCACGAGCUGUUCCAUCCCUGCAUUGUCAGGUGUCUUAACAUCGGAGCCAGGAUAUGCUUUGCACCGGCCUAAGGAAGUAUCUGUGAUGCCUAAGUCCAUUUUGAAGAAGCGAGUUGAGGUGGACAUGAAGCCUUCCAUGCAGCUAGAGAAUUUUUCCAGCAGUACCACCUCCAGCCAGAAUUGCCCUCUCUAUUCUGAACACUCAUCUCUUCCACUAAGUGGUGCUAUUGCUGCUUUUGCCUCAGAAAUUGACAGUAAUGGGAACACAGUGGAGACUGCUCUCAAGGAACCUCAUAGUACUCGGUACCAGUGGGGUCCCCUCCCUGAGGUGUCCAAAGACAACAAUCCUCUCAGAGAACAAUUUGAAAGUUUUCGGUGCUUCAAAGAGAAGCUGGAUUCAAAGGCUGAGGGACUUGAGCAACACAGUGACUUCUUACUGCCCCAUGAAAGAGUUGGCCAAGAUGGCAGUGGCUUUUCCCAAAUUCUGAACAUGUUGGCUGAUUCUACCAAUGCACAGGAAAAAAGACGAUGUAGCUUCCCUGACAUUGAGGAUGAGGAGAAAUUUCUCUAUGGGGAUGAAGAAGAGGACUUAAAGUCAGAAUCCCCACCAAAGUCCCUUGUGGAUCCGGAGAGUGAAGUUAUGAGGCAGAAUACAAGCCCCUUUUCCUCUUUGGCUCCAGCUACACAGCUAGAAUCACUAGAAGAGACUAACCCAGAAUAUGCCAAAAUUCAUGAUUUGCUUAAGACCAUAGGGCUGGAUAUUGGCGUAGUUGAGGUUAGUAAGAUGGCUGCACGCACCCAGGAACGACUUCAUGGCAAGAAGCCAUCAUCACGCUCUUCAACAGAUCGUCGUUUCUCUGUUGACCAACACUUUUCAACUGACCGUUGUUCCUCAGUUGACCAAUGUUUUUCAGCUGAUCAGCGCACCUCAGAUCCCCAUAGACUGGAGAAUACGGAGGUAUAUCAUAGUAGUACCCACUCCCUAGAGAUUUCCCCUGCACAUCCAGCCUCCCCUGUGGAUCCUUACCUGCUCACAAAAAACAGGUCUCCAUUCCUAAAGGUUGAUCAUCCAGUAAGUCAUAUUUCAGGAUCAGAGGUAGUUGGUAGUGGGUUUCAAUCGUCUGUUGCAGUUAGGUGCAGGUUGCCAUUAGUACCUUCUGCUCCAAUGAGACUUCCACACCCUGCUUCUUUAUCUCAGUUUCAUAUGCCAAGGGCAUCACAGUUUGCUACAGCUCGGAUACCUCCAAACUACCAUGGGUCUGCCAUUCCCUCUGCCUCUUUUGAAGCCUACAGGCACUACAUGGCAUAUGCAGCCUCAAGAUGGCCCUUAUACCCUGCCUCUCAACCGUCAAACCACCCUCUACCUGAACCACACAGGACAUCAAGCAAAAGCAUUACUCAUACUCGUCCCAAUCUCCGUGUAAUCCCUACGGGGAGUUAUGCUUAUCGCAAAAAGAAAGCGAAAGGCUUAGUUCCUGCUGCUCAAGUGCCUGCUCAAGUGUCUAUUCCACCGCUCAUGAAAUGUAAUCCAGAGAAGAUCUCUGAUGAGAAGAACCGCGUUUCCCAGAAGCAGAAGGUUAUGGAGGAGAGGGAAAAACUAAAGAGUGACCAGGAAGCCCGCCAGAAGAAAAUGUUCUAUCUUAAGACUGAGUUGGAGCGGCUUCAUAAACAACAAGGGGAAAUGCUGCGUAAGAAACGAAGGGAAAAAGAUGGUCACAAAGAUCCACUCCUGAUGGAGGUAAAUCGGCUUCAGGAUAACAUUAUGAAGGACAUUGCAGAGUUACAACAAGAGUCAGAAGAAGCAGAAAAGAAGCAAUCUGAACUAGACAAAGUGGCUCAGAUCUUGGGAGUUAACAUCUCGGAUAAAGCUGUGAAAUCUUCAAGUGAUAGUAAAGAAUCUACAGAGAAGCCUGAGAAUGAAGAAAAACCCAACAGCCCAGAAACAGUGUUGUCACUCGUAAACCCUUCCUCUGAAAAUCAGGAGUCAAAAGUAAACAAUGAAAAGUCCCAUAUUAAGAGCCCUAAGCCAGCUGAAAGCCCCCAGCCAUCUGCUAAGCAGUCUGACCAGCCUGUUGCUGUUUAUGAAUAUUAUGAUGCUGGCAAUCACUGGUGCAAAGAUUGUAACACCAUCUGUGGAACCAUGUUUGACUUCUUCACCCAUAUGCAUAAUAAGAAGCAUACACAGACACUGGAUCCCUACAACAGACCUUGGGCUUCAAAGACCCAGAAUGAAUCUAAGCAAGAUGUUAUAAAGCGAACUGACAAGAUAACCGUUCCUGCAAAAGGCUCUGAGUUUCUAAUUCCCAUCACUGGAUUUUAUUGCCAGCUCUGUGAGGAGUUUUUGGGGGAUUCAAUUUCUGGAGAGCAACAUGUGAAGGGUCACCAACACAAUGUGAAAUACAAGAAAUAUGUGGAGGAAAACCCACUGUAUGAAGAACGACGAAAUCUGGACCACCAAGCUGGCUUGGCUGUGGUCCUAGAGACAGAGCGACGACGACAGAGUGAGCUAAAACGCAAACUGAGUGAGAGACCAAAGGAGGAGAAAGAAAAAAAGGCAAAGGUUACGAGAGAGUCAAAAGAAGAUAACAAAGUAUCUAUGGAAUUAGAAAACCAACACUCUGAGGAUGGGAAUUCCCCUGAAAAAGCUGAAAAUAAAAGGAAUGCUAAUAUCAAACUCAGAGUAAGAGAGGGAAAGAAGGGAGCACCAGUAUCUUCUUUUGGAAAACUCAACUGGAAGAAGCCAGAAAAAGAGGAAAAAAGCUCAUUGGUAGCCCCAAGUAUCUCUAAGGAAGAGUUUGUAGAAAACAGUAAGGAGAAAGAAGACUUGCGAUCUGAAGCUGGAAAAACAAAGCCCAUCAAGAUCAAGCUGUCUGGAAAAACUGUUGUUGCACACACCAGCCCCUGGGCACCAGUUGUUAGAACUUCACCACAGACCAAGAUUCGACCCAACCUGCCCAUCCCAUCCACAGUGCCCCGCAAGUCUUGUUCAGCCACAGUGAGCAAGCCUGCUCCUCUUAAUACCUUUCUAUCUAUCAAGUCCUCCGGGACCCCUGCUAAACCUCUGCCAGUAGUUAAAGAGGCUUCUACUGGUCUACUGUUGCCUCCAGAUAUCUUCUCUAAAGUUUUUGGAGGGGAAGAGGUGAUUCUAAAAGGGUCUCCAGAGGAAAAAACACUAGCUGAAAAGAGUGAGCCAUCCCAAAUAACUGAGCAGAUUUUGGCACCACCACCACCACCUCCUCCUCCUCCCCCUCCCCCUCCCCCAGUUACAUAUCAUCUAGCUGUUCCAUCUUCUGCUCCAGCUAAUGUUGUCUUAGCUCCAGUAAAAUCCAUUUCAGAUGUACCUCAGUCUCUCAGUCCUGGCUUCCAGGGUCCAAACAUUUUGAACCCAGUGUUGCCUGCAGCCUUUAUGGCCUCUGAACAGCCAGUUGCCAUUCCUUCUGAUGAGACAGCUCCUGGUGUGAGUGAGAAUGACCAGGAUCAGACCCCAUUCUCUAUGUUAGUACGUCCUCCACCACCCCUUUCAAGUGUGUUCAGUGAACAGGCCAAAAAAUUAGAAAAGAGGAAUUCAUGCUUAGCUACAGCCAAUGCUAAGGAUCUGUAUGGCAUAUUCUAUAGUAGUGGUGGAAAGGGGGCCCCUGAAACUAAGCUGGGUGGUGGUACAUUGGCCAAUGGGGAAAGUAGCAGCCCCUCUAAAACUGAGAGUUCAGAGACCUCUUCUUCUUUGAGCAGUAGAGUAUUCCAAGGGGAAUUGCCUGAUGAUAAGAGUUUGGUCACCGCUAUAGUGAACAAUUCUGAAAAGUCCAUUUCAACCCCUCUGGUAUCCACAGAGAAAAGGUCAGCUGUAGAGCAUGUAGACUCCAAAAGCAGAAAUAGCAGCCAUAGUUUCCUACAGCCUCUUACAAGGUUAUGCAAAAAUAAGCCUCAUGAAACUAUAACCUCAGAGACAGAUGUUUUGGCCAUGUGGACUUCUAACUCCUCCCAAAGUAACACUAAUAGGGAUAGACCUCCAGAAAGGAAAAUGAAUUUUGACCUGGGAAAACCAGGGCCUCCUGAUAUAUACCCAGCUCCUCAUCUGUCCGAUAUAAACUGCCAUGCUGAGGAAUCUCAGAAGUUGGUAAAAAUUGACCUCAUAGACUCUGAUAGCCAAGAUAAGGAGAGCCACGAGCUCCACCAGUCUGAGGAUUAUAAAAAAAGUGAGGUAAAGAACACUGAACUAAAAGAAAAGGUAGUGACGGAAGAGGGAACAAGUGCCAACAUUGACCUCUACAGCAUAGAAGAUUCCAGUUUGAGCCAUGGGAAAAGAAACAUGGAAGGAGAGAUAGAACAGCCCAGAUUGCUAAUGAUUAACACAAAGGCAGAACAGUCUGGGAAAGUGGUGACAGGACAUGAAGACCCAAGUAAAGUAGUAACUGAACUGAGUGCACAGUCUCUCUCUCUCACCAGGGCAGAAAUAGAAGCUUUUCCAUCAGAAGCAAGGUCCUCACUCCAGAGCCCACAAGGUACACCUGAGAAAACCACUACUGCAGAAUUAUGUCAGUCCCCAGCCAGACCAGGGACGUGUCUAACAGAUAGUCCCCAGCAGAAAGGAGGCUCAGCUGGUAGUGAAGAGUGGGUAGAAAACUCAGCUCCAGACUCAGCUUUCAGAGCUUCUAGGUACAGAAGCCUCAGGCUCAAGAAUAAUGGAUCAAAAAGUACUCAAGAUAAAACAGUCUGUGUGCUGGCUGACUGGGAUGAGACUCAGAAGAGGCCAGAAACCUGGGAGAGCCCAGAGAGACUAGAAAUGGAAACUGCGCAGCUACACAACGUCAGUCCAGAACGGACAGUCACAGUGGCAAGCAAGGCCUUAGGAGAUUGUGAAGCUACACACGUAAGGAUAGAGCCUGCUGCCCUCGGGGAUAGGUGUGGUGAUUUCUAUAAUGCUCAGGUGGAACCAGCACAUGGUUCUCCAGAUGCCCUGCCACAGAAAGUGUGUGAAGAAAAUUCUGUAUUACCUACUCCCAGUGACUUUCAACCAGUCCCAUCUUUUUCUGGGUUUCCAUUAGACUCUCCUAAAACCUUGGUGCUUAACUUGGGAACAGAGGCUAAACACGACUCAUCUAAUUCCAGAAGCGAGAGAAUCACUUCUAACUAUUUGAGAACUGGAUUAACUAUAGAAAAUGUUGACCAUGGCUUAGACAGCAUAGAGGGAGCACACCAGGCCUUUGAUUUAUUGGCAGGAGGCGUGUUACCUGAGGAAGUAACAGAAGCUUCAAAAUUAAAGAAUGAGUUACUCCGAUUGGAACCUGAAACAAUGAGUCUUUCAAGCCUUGGCCCUUCUCCUUGCCUGCCAGACCUUGUUGACUUUGUCACACGGACAUCUGGAGUGCCAAAAGAGGAAUCAUAUUCUCCACUGUAUGAUCCAGAUGACCUUCCUAGGUGUAGUUCCCUAGAGAUGAGAUCACGACAGCUAGAAAUUCCAAAUGUAUCCAUCCCAGAUGUAUCAGCACCUCAAGUAAAUGAGGACAAUGGUAUUGCAUUGGAUUUGGUAAAAACUCCAACCUCAGGAUCCCCUUUGAGGGAGCAGGUUGUUGGAGUUAAUACAGUUCCGCAGGAAAUGCCUGAACAAGAAGCUGCAGUUGAUGUCAUUCGAGACCUCAUAGGAACUAGUGUUCAUGACUAAGAACACCCAGGACUACAUGAAUCAGAUUGGUUUUUUAAAAUAAAAUAAGAUGCCCAGGUGAUCCAGGACUAGCUGCAGUCUUGUCUGGACCCUACACCAAGGGAUAUACUCAACACCUUACAGUAAAUAAGUGCUCAUGGAAGCUGAAAACAAUUUACCUUUUUUUCUUUCCCCUUUCAAAAACAGACAGAUUGAUUAUAUUAACUGUGUAUCUGUAAAACUCUUAUGUUCUGUUAUUUUUUUUUUUUUCUUUUUGGCCAAAUUAUUUUCUCCUUUAUCAUUAAAGUCAAAUGUCUUAUCUGGCUUACCACAUGGUGUGCUUUGAUUUUGGCUUUGAUGCUGCCAUUUUCUGAAAUGUGGGGAAGGAGGGAAACAGAGAGCUGACUUCAAUUGCUAUGUUGUAUUCCUACCCAAUUUCCUGGACAGCUGAGGGAUCUCAUAGACACACCUGAAAGUUUGCGGAAGCGGAAAGCUUCUGAUGAAGAACUCCUCUCUCAGGCUUCCGAUUGGAUGAGUCUUGUCUGAUAUGGAUUGAAAAGCAACGUGAGUAGCCGCUUACUUACAGUUCACUUUCUUUAUUGCCAUGGCAGCUCCCAUAUCUCCCUUACUCUGAGGCCUUUGCUUGCAACGGUCCUGCUGUCCUACAGACUUGUUUGGAAAUGGUCCCAAUAAACGAAAGAAAAUUUGACAAGCUGAAUUUUGGAAGACACCAAGUUGGUAAGGCUUCUUCAUGACUUACUACCAGGAGCAGAUGUUUUCGAGGUCACUUUUAUUUUUGAAAUGGCAUUUGUUCAUUGUACUGUUACCCACUAGCACUUUGUUAUGAAAUUGUUUGGCAGCCAUCUCUGUGCUGAAGAGGUAGAAACCUUUCUUGGGAUUGGACUCAUUUUCUGUUUCCCAAACUUGUAUGUAUCCCUUCUUCUACCUCUUCCUUACUCGAAUUAUCACCACCAUAGUGUGAUGCUUUGAGUUGUACAUUUUGUUUAAUAAAAGAUUAAAGAAAUUA